CCAGUGACGCAUCCUCCCAUCAGCUGUUUUUGUUUUGCUGUGUGAAUAUUGGAAGUUAAUAACAUAAUAAUAACAGCAGUGUCGACUGGCUAAAGUGAAACGGCUCUUUCUGGAGGUCUCAUCGUGUAUCUUUGUUUUUGUUCGGGUCUGGGAGUUUCCCACUCGGCGUGUGAUGCCCACCAGCGGCGCCAGGCUGCCCGGACAUUCCUCUCCCUGAAGAGUGCGAGCGUGGCGCUUGGAGUCGGGGAGCAGAGGAGGGGAAGCGGGUUCCGGCGGGGAUCGACCCGAGCCAAAGGCCUCCGACCUCGGCCGGCCAGAGCAGAGGGAAUUCGGCGGCUCGGAUGGAGUCCCAGGACGCAUCGGACGAACCCGGAGUCCACCGAGGCUUCAUCUGUGCCUCGUUUAACCAGGACACCACUUCUCUGUCAGUGGGCACCAAGACAGGCUACCGGCUCUUCUCAGUCACAGCUGUGGACAAACUGGACUGCAUCCAUGAAGGAGUGGAGUGUCCGGAUGUCUACAUAGUGGAGCGACUGUUCUCCAGCAGCCUGGUGGUGGUGGUCAGUCUGUCCAUGCCUCGGCGAAUGAACGUCUACCACUUCAAGAAAGGCACGGAGAUUUGUAACUACAGCUACUCCAACAACAUCCUCUCGGUCAGACUCAACAGACAGCGGCUUGUGGUUUGCCUGGAAGAGUCGAUCUACAUCCACAAUAUCAAAGACAUGAAGCUACUCAAGACCCUGCUCAACACCCCUACCAACCCCUCAGGUCUCUGCGCGCUCUCCGUCAACCACAGUAAUUCCUACCUGGCGUACCCUGGUAGCGCCACCAUCGGAGAGAUCACAGUCUACGACGCCAACAGCCUGAGCACUGUGACGCUGAUCCAGGCCCACGACAGUCCGCUGGCAGCCCUCACGUUCAAUUCCUCUGGCACAAAACUGGCCAGUGCGUCAGAGAAGGGCACCGUCAUCAGAGUCUUCAGCAUCCCCGAAGGACAGAGGCUGUUUGAAUUUCGGCGAGGAAUGAAGAGAUAUGUUAGCAUCAGUUCGUUGUCCUUCAGUGCAGACGCACAGUUCCUGUGUGCCUCCAGCAACACUGAGACGGUGCAUAUCUUUAAGCUGGAGCAACACAGCCCCAGUCGAGAGGAAGAGUCUCCAACAUGGUCAGCAUAUGUGGGCAAAAUGUUCACAGCAGCCAGCACCUACCUGCCCGCCCAGGUGUCCGACAUGAUGCACCAGGACAGAGCCUUCGCCACCGUACGGCUCAACAUGUUUGGCUUGAAGAACAUAUGUGCUCUGGCUACGAUUCAGAAACUUCCUCGCCUGCUCGUGGCAUCCUCAGAUGGGUAUCUUUACAUCUAUAAUGUGGAUCCACAGGACGGAGGCGAGUGUGUCCUUGUCCAAAAACACAGACUCUUUGACUUCAGCGAGGAGCAGGUGGAGCAGAAGGAGGAAGAGAACCCAGAGGAUGUCCCUCCACAGCCAGCCAGCCAAUCAUACGCUGCCACUGUGGCUCUCCCUUCGACCCCGCCCUCCUCCACCACGCUCAUGGGCUACUCUGAAGACGGCGGAGCCCAGAAGGGGGAAGUCAUCCCUGAGCACGAGUUCGCUGAAGGCCCAGUUUGUCUGGACGACGAGAACGAGUUUCCUCCAGUCGGCAACCAGAGUAACUGACCAAACCUCCCCCCACCACUGCUCUCCUCCUCCCUGCGAACCCCUGCACAAAAAUCAGACUUACUUUAUUUCAAGCUGGGAGGAGCAUCAUCCUGAUGACAUUGUGGCACCCCGACCCUCCUACGAGUCCCCCACCCCCCUCCGCUGACCUCCAGUCAAACCUUUCAAGAAUAUUACUUCCUGGUGUCUCUUUAUUCUGCGUCCCUCUCACUCUUUGUAAGGAAUAUAGAAAAAAAAAACACUAAAACAGAGUGGAAGGUCCUCUCAUCUUUCAAAAAACAAACAAAAAAAAAACCCCUACACAACAUUUGCUUAGACAGAUUCUGUCUGAAGAGUCCUACUGUUAACUCCCAUAUGAUGCCAUUAACAACAGUGUUAAACAUGUUUGAAUAACCACUGCACAGCAAGACAUUUACAUUAUUGUUGAGCAUACAGUGUGUGUCGUUGUUGGACAGUACAUAUGUCUGUGUAUGUCCCAACAGAAUAUUAUCACGGUAGCAACGAAAGGAGAGACUGAUAUGGAGGAGAAACAAGAACAGUCGGGCCUGCUGCUGAUGUAGAACAACCGGGGGUCAGAUUCACAAAAAUGCUCUCGAGCGAGACGCUUCAAACUCCACCUGAGCAGAGUGCAGCAUCUUAAGAUCGAUCAUUUCUGUCCAUCAGGGCCCCCAGGAACUUCUCAUUAUUAUCAACGGGCAUUAAAUGCAUCAUACCUCAAGGAAGAGAUGUUCGCUUGAGACAGGAAAACAUAUUGUGUGAUACGCUAUUUAAAAUCAUGAUACGUGCCGCGAGUGUUGCGUGACUCGCAGAUGCAGCUGUGAGGCUAAUUAUGGUAGCAAUAGAAGAGACUAAGAAACACUGCAGAGUCACAAAUGUAACCUGAUAAUAUGUUUGGAAGCUCUGUGGGAGGAGCAGUCAGCAGCUAAAUGUGAAGAGCCCGAGCUGUACGUGACGAAGUUACAGGUCCUUGAGUUUCACCCCGAAGACCUUUUUAUUUACUACAUGAUGCUGAAUAUGUUAACAUGUAAGUCAUUGUUAUUUUUACAUUGAUGUAUGAAAUGUUCUUUUUUUGCAAAAAAAAACGUUUGAAGUAUUACACAUCGACACAUAGACUUACCAUGCGUAAAUAUAUAUGGAGGAUUUUUACUGUGUGUAUAAUGUAUAUAUAACAUUUCUAUAUAGUACUGUUGUAAUAAGUAACAUAGUAAUACCAUGUGAUUUGCCAAAAGGUGGCGCUGUUAGGACACCCUUAAGCUGCAUUGAGCUGUUCAAUUACUGGACAUUGACACCAGAGACUCAUUAAACCUGAGAAGUGACUCAACCUCUGCAA